AUGGCCCCCGAGCACACCAAGAAGACUUACACCCUCGCCUCUGGCGACAAGAUGCCCGCCAUCGGCCUCGGCACAUGGCAGUCACCCAACAACGCCACAGCCGCUGCUGUCGAGGCCGCUAUCCGUGCUGGAUACCGCUACAUUGACACAGCACUGGCGUACGGCAACGAGCACGAGGUGGGCGAGGGCAUUCGCGCUGCUGGUGUUCCGCGCGAGCAGCUCUGGAUCACCACGAAGCUUGAUAACCCAUGGCACAAGCGCGUCGCCGAGGGAAUCGAUACUUCGCUAAAGAACCUUGGUCUCGACUACGUCGAUCUCUACUUGAUGCACUGGCCGAGCAGCACCCGUCCAGAUGAUCUCAAGAAGGCCUAUGAUGACUGGACCUUUAUCGAUACGUGGCGCGAGCUGCAGAAGCUGGUUGGCACUGGCAAAAUUGUCCCGGCUGUCAACCAGAUCGAGUUGCACCCCAACAACCCAUCGCCCAAGUUGGUCCAGUACUGCAAGGACAAGGGCAUUCACGUUACCGGCUACUCGUGCCUCGGUAGCACCGACUCGCCCCUGUACAAGGACGAGACGCUAUUGACACUGGCAAAGGCAAAGGGCAAAACGCCACAGCAAUGCAUGAUUCAGUGGGGUAUUCAGAAUGGCUGGGAUGUCAUUCCAAAGUCUGUCACCAAGGAGCGCAUCGAAGCCAACUUUGACAUUGACGGUUGGGAGUUGACGGACGAGGAGCUGAAGAAGCUUUCGAGCUUGCCGGAUCGCUUCAAGGUGUGCGGCGACGAUUGGUUGCCCGUAAAGGUUUUCUUUGGCGACGACGAAUAG